GAAAUCCGAUCACCACCAGAUUCAGUGUAAUCGCCAUCUUUACUUUCAUUUUGAAGUUGUUUGCCAGCUGAAGUGUCCGUAUGGAGUCCAGGUGAGACGGCAGGGCACAAUGCAGCGCGCGAUACUCCUUCUGAUCCACGUCGUCUUCACGACCUCGGUGCUGUCUACUCGUGAAAAAUAUUUCCAGAUACUGAAAACUUGUCAGAUCAUCGGCGAUGAUUCAAAACAGUACGACGUGCGGUACAAGAUCCAGUACCAUUACAAUGGGCAGCUGGUGGCCCAGUACAACAGCUCCACAGAGACGGUCACUGGUUACACCGACUACGGCCGUCAGUUUGCCGAUGACGUCAACAAAGACAUCAACUAUCUGUCACUCAGGAGGAACGACCUGAACUUUUUCUGCAAAUUGAAAGCGACGGUCAUCUAUAAAGCCAUGCUGGAAAAGACAGUGGCUCCACGGGUCAGUCUGAGGAUGGGGAGGUCAAAGGUCGUCAGGGAUUCCGCAGUUUUGGUGUGCACUGCUUACGACUUCUACCCCAGAGACAUCCGACUCACCUGGCUGAGGAAUGGGCAGGUGUUCCCGCACAACUCAGAGAAGCUGAUGCAAGAAGAGCUUCCCAGCGGAGCCUGGAGAUACCAAUUCCACUCCCACCUGGAACACACCCCUGCUAUGGGAGAGAGCAUCUCCUGCAUGGUGGAGCAUGCUAGCCUGUGGGAACCCAAACUCUACCCUCUGGACACUUCAGAUAUGGAGGCUGAAAGACUGCUGGUGGCACUGGCGGUAUUCGGGCUCGUGCUGGGAUCGGUGGUCCUGGCUGCUGGGGCACUUUUUUACAGGAGGAAAGCUACAGCCUACAGGCUCUGCUGAAACACAGCUGCAUGCUGGGAAAUAAUUUAAACUUUGACUACUUUUAUUGUCAUUGCCUCAUAUGCAUGUCUCAUACAUACAAGGGAACGAAAUUAUGUUUCGCAAGGACCACAGCGUCGCAUAAAAGCAAAAAACACAGUAAAUAUUAAAAACAAAAAGUGUAUUAAAAGCAAAAAUUACAUCACAGAGGCACACCUGACACGGAUAGCGAGACAGACGGUCAAAAAGUGAUGUCGUGGAAGGUCUAAGUGUCCAGGCUGUUGAUGAACCUCACAGCCUGAGGAAUGAAACUGUUGCAUAGUCUGGUGGAGGCAGCACGGCUGCUCCGGGGCCUCCUGCCAGAGGGUGGGAGGGUGAGGUGGAUGUGGGAAAGUGGAUGUGCCAGAAAUGUGUUUCCAUUUCAAUUUUGUGAAAUAUUGUUCUGUCGAAUCACCUGAAAAACCACCUCAUGUGAACGUAUAUUUUUAUCUUGUUUUAUGUAUGCGGUCCCAUAAGGUUUGUCAUGUAACCUAAAGAAUAAUUUCACAUUGAAAUCUAGGCAUAAUGUCUUUAGGCAUACAUAUUAUGGGAUGUCCAGUCUUGUCCAAAACCCAGAUGAGGAAGGGCGGUGACAAAACAAAUGCAUAACCGUCUCUGGCUCAGUGCUACAUGAGGUGCAAUUAAGAUCUAUGUCAUUAAAUUUUGAAAUGAGUGUGUUA